AUUGUCAUUGUAGCACCUCAGAAACCCGGAGAACAACUUUUCAUUCAAAGCUGGACUUUUGCCAUUACGCAAACACUGUGAGUGGCCUUUAAUGGCGGGCGUGGCUUUCUCUUGCAUAUCUGCUGCUUCCCUGCUGCUCAAUGCGGAAGGAAAACAGGCAGCGAAGAAUCCCUGAUCAACUACUGACCCGAGGCAACUUCUUCAGGUUUUGUGCAAGAAGUGAAGUUUUUGACUUUUCUACGUGAUAAAGAUCGCCAUGUGGCCAAACCAAGGUCCCCCUCAUCCUAUUGGCGCCCCAAACCCAGCUUACCCUCCUGGCUAUAACCCUGCAUUUCCUGGUGCUCAGAUUCCAGGGGUCUUCCCCAACGCCCAACCUCAAUGUCCAGCGUACCCCGCUGGUGGUCAGUAUCCAGCCUGUAUUAACCCAGGCAUGGCACUACCACAUGUAACUCCAGGGGUGAUGCCCUAUGGAGCUCCAGGGCCUAACCCUUAUCCUAUGGCACCAGGUGGCUUUCCAGUGGUUCCUCCUGGAGGUGUUCACCCAGGCCCAUAUCCACACUCUCCCAAAGGUGGUCAUAAAGGCCACCACAAAGGCCACCACAAAGACCACCACAAAGGCCACCACAAGGGUCAUCAUGGUGGUGGGCUAAAUCCCAUGAUGGGUGCAUUAGGAGGAGGAUUGGCAGGAAUGGGAAUGGCAGGAAUGGGAAUGGGGAUGGGGAUGGGCGGCCAUAAAGCACACAAAAAGAUGAAGAAGAUGAAGAAAGCAAAGGGGCACAAGCACCACAAACACGGCAAGUCUUCCAGCAGUAGCAGCAGCAGCAGCAGCAGCAGUAGCAGUGACUGAGGCCACUGGUUCAAGACAAAACAUUAAAAGAAAUGUGGCUCUGCAAAAGGGCAUCCUAUUCACGCUGAACAUGCAAAUGCCACACUUAUCACUACUGACAGGAAGUCUUUAAGAAACUGAACUUUUUUAUCAUAUAUUUAAUCGGCUAUUAAAACUAAUGAACAUUUCCACAGUUUAUGGCUGUAUUAUAGCUAUAUUAUGUGUUAUAUGAAUCUUCUUACUUUUUAGAUUUUGGCUUGUAAUAAUGUAAAAUGCAAAGCUACAUUAUGCAUAGGUUUCUGUAAUAAAGUAUAGGCAAACAUUGGGCAGUAGUAGCUUAGUCUUAAGGGAUUUGGCUUGGGUACCAGGGGGUUACAGCUUCAAGUAAUGUUACUGACCAAGUCUUGAAACUGGGCUGGGAGCUCGAGAGGUGCCAGGUCAGUUCUUGGACACUGCCAAGGUGCCAUUCAGUGGGGUACCAAACCCCCAUCUGCUCAGCUCACUGUAUAGACAUAUCUCAGUUAAUGUAUAACUAUAGGAUCCUGUUUCUACAACAAGUGUGUAAUUAUGUUCAUGUGUCUAACUUUGUUUAGAUCUGUCAUUGUGAUUUAAUAAGAGAAAUACUUUAAAAUGUGUUUUAUUUUCUUAGAAAGAAGGAGAGAAUGAUCAAAUUUAGCCUGAAAAGGGUAUUUUUUUUAAUUUUUUUUUUGUAAUUUCAUGGGCGUACCUGCACAUGCAGAAAAAUCCAUUCUGAAUUGCUUUGUUCUAUCUACACUAUUUGUUAUACAUGUAAUGGGUAUGCAAUAAAUACUGCUCAAUAAAUACAUGAAAAUAGAAA